AUGCUGUUGCUGAGUCUGGAAAAUGGCGUUCUGAGUUUUGUGCUUUCUAUCUUAAUGUGGAGUGUCACGGCCCUUUUCUCAUAUCUACUUCUUCUAUCAAUAUAUCGCAUUUACCUUCACCCCCUUUCCAAAUACCCAGGCCCGUUCCUGGCCAAGAUAACAGACUGGUAUUCUGUCUACCAUGCCUGGAAAGGCGAUCGACAUCUUGAAUUCUGGCGCUGCCAUGAGACUUAUGGCCCGAUUGUACGCUUCGGACCAAACAGCCUCUCGAUCAACACAAACACGGCACUGAAAACCAUCUACGGCCAUAGAGCCAACGUGCAGAAAUCGCAGUUCUACUCUGUAUUCCCGCCCACAAAGGAUACCGCGAACACACAUAGCAGUAUCGACAAGUCAAACCAUGCGCGAAAGAGGCGAGUCCUCUCACACGCCUUCUCCGAUGGCGCGAUCAAGAGUAUGGAAAAGUAUAUCCUGGCGAACGUGAGAACCUUCUGCUCGCGCCUUGGGCCUCCGCCUACCUUUUCGGAGAAGCAGGUGGGGGAGAAAGGAUGGGGCGUCGCGCAGAACAUGGCUCUUUGGUGCAACUAUUUGGCAUUUGAUGUCAUGGGUGAUUUGUGCUUUGGGAAGGCAUUCGAGAUGCUAGAGUCUGAAAAGAAUCAUCGUGUGAUUGACUUGAUGGAGAAUGCAGCUCACAUGCAUUUAAUUCUUGGAACAAAUCCGAUGAUCAAGACUCUUGGUCUAAACAAAGUUCUCUUCAGCAAGAUCUAUAACAUGAGAAUGGAGUAUAUGGCAUAUAGCAAAGGCCAAGCGGCAGAAAGGACCAAAAUCGGACUGGACUCGGAUCGAAAAGACUUCUUCUUCCACUUAUUAAAUGCCCGGGACCCAGAAACAGGAAACGGGUUCACCGGUCCAGAACUCUGGGGCGAAAGUAAUCUCCUUAUUAUCGCUGGCUCAGAUACAACUUCUACAGCACUCGCAGCGGCUUUCUUCUACCUCACGCACAGUCCAGCGACUCUUCAGAAAUUAACAGCUGAGGUUCGGUCUACGUUCUCGGACGUGGAAGAUAUAUGCGCCGGCCAAACUCUUAGUUCAUGCAUCUACCUCCGCGCCGUCAUCGACGAAGCAAUGCGCCUCUCCCCACCAGUUGGCGGAAUCCUUCCUCGUGAAAUCCUGCCCGGAGGUCUCGAUAUCGACGGCCUCAGCCUCCCCGCUGGUACCGUCGUCGGAACUCCUCAUUAUGCCAUUCAUCACAAUCCAGAUUACUACCCCUUGCCGUUCGAAUUCCGUCCCGAGCGCUGGAUCGAGGGUUCUUCUCCUGAGGUGACGAGAGAAAGCGUGGCCCUUGCUCAUUCGGCGUUCUGCCCGUUCAGUAUCGGCCCUAGAGGAUGUAUAGGGAAGGGACUAGCGUAUACAGAGUUGAUGACCGGUUUGGCCAGGAUUGUGUUUUUAUAUGAUAUGAAGUUGGCGGAAGGAGUGACGAUUGGGGAGGGGCAUCCCGAUAACGAGUGGGGGAGACAAAAGAGCGGGGAGUAUCAGUUGCGGGAUUCAUUUACGAGUUUGAAGGAUGGGCCAUAUGUACAUUUCCGUGCUCGAGCUCAGUGA